AUGAAUAAAGAGAUAGAAAUUCCUGAAACGGAUUCAGAAGAUGAUGAAGAAAUAACCAAAAUUUUUCAAGGUAAUUUUCAAAAAAUUGAAGAACAGUUUGAUUCCUUUGAAAAGUCUGACAAUCAUGAAAAGACUGAAUUAGAAGCAAAAGGAAUUGGGGAAUUAGACGUUGUUGAAGAUAGUAGUGGAAUUAGUAAAGAAAUUGUUGAUGAUGACAAUAAUAUAAAAGCUGUAGUAAACUCUGAACUUCAAGUCAUUAAAGAUUUUACUGACUUAGAACAAAUAAGCAUUGAGAAUCAAGGGCAUUUAGAAGAAUAUACUGAAAAUGGCAGAGAAUUAAAUAACAAUUCUAAACACAACGUAACACAAAACAUCGCUACUGAAAAUGACAAGAUUUCAGCUGAAGUAGAUGCUUCUACUAAUGCAAAUGAAAAUAAACUUGAAGAUGGUAAGAACAAUGAGGAUAAACCAUUUGAUGAUUUCAAAAUACCUAAAGAAAUACCCAGAAGAAAUAAGACAAAUAAGAAAGUAUCUUUAAAGCCAGAACCUCGGUUUAUUCUUACACAUGUAUUAGAAGGGCAUAUUAUUCAGGAAUCAAAUUAUCCUUUUCCGAUCACCCAAACUAAGAAAGAAAAUCCGCCAGAAAGCUCUCAAGAGGGAGGUACAACAUCAGCAGUAGGAAUAAAAGAAGAGAAACUCAUUGAAGAAAGUGAGAACAGCAAUCCGUUUGCACGACUACAGAAGAGCACCGUCAAAUCUUGGACGGCUGAAGACCUAUCAAGUCACCUGAUACAAUUCAACUGGUGUAACACAGCAGCGAUCCUCAAACACAAUGAGAUUGAUGGACAGACCCUGCUCCUGGUCUCCAAGACACAACUGGUCAUCAUCGGAGUGGAUGAGGAGGAAGCUGAAGUUAUCUGCGAAUUUGUUCAAAGGUCCUAGCUAGACUGAAUGGAUCCGAGGGCGAUGUCACAGAUAGAGCGAAGUGGAGAAGAAAAAAUCGGAAAGCUGAACAUACCAUCAUGUGGAAUACAUAGCAGGAAAGAGAGUAAUAGCUAAACUGAAAAUAUUCGAUUAAGAAGUCAACAAAAAGACCACUUUUGCAUCCGAAGUCAGGGGUUAAAAAAGAAGUGAAGAGAGCCAGAAACUCGGUUUUACUAUCAUAUUUUUUCUUGGUGAGAAAUCAUCAGAUGACCUCUCCCGCUGUGGGUGCAGCGUGAGGGAGUGUCAGACUCUUACUGACUAAAACCCACCGUGUUCCUUCUUAUGCCCUUUCUGUACCAGGGCCGCGAUAACUCGCGCGAAUAAUCCCCCAGUACCGGCAGGCUUUGGCCCUUGUGAGCCUUAUACAAAGAAAUUCAUCGCUUCAAAUAUUUGAAAAGUUAUAAUGUUAUGGGGUAACUAGCUGUUCCCGCGGAUCCACUCGUGGCCCGAGGAAACUACCUCCCGCAGCCGGAUAAAAAGCAUUCAUUCGCAUUUAUCUUCUUAGUAUUUUGAAAUGGUAAAUCUAUACCUAAUGUUAAAUAUUACGUUUUGUAACCAACCAAAUGUGACCAUUUUUAAAUCUUGUGAAGCGAUUUUAACACAGACAAAAUGCAUGGAUUACCUAACCUGGGGAGGUUCCUUAGUGUUUUUAAUUACUUAAGUCACUCCUUAGUGACGGAAUGUCAUACAAAUCCUUCACUAAGGAAUGGCUUAAGUAACCAUUAAAUGUCUCUGAGUGGGGAGAUAAGUGUAUGUAAUUUAAUCAUGUAAACAAAAUAGAACAAUUCUUUUGUAAAUAAUAUUUAGGCAACUAACGCCUGCCAGGUCUUCUCUACUAAAUGGAAUGUUGACAACUUUUUAAAUAUUUUACCCAAUAUUGAAGAUUUUUUUAUAAUGAGCAUUUGUUUUUAUAACGUUGAAAGAAAAUACAUCACACAAGUAUAUAUGUGGUAUAUUUUCUUUUAAAUAUAUUAUUUUGCAUUUUUCUCAUACCUGGCAACUUUGUACGCCAGCCGAAUCAACCUAGCCGAAUCUGUCAAAUUUUACCAAUCGAACAUUAACCUUCCACUAUUGUGAUAAGGUUGAAAAUCUAUUGAAGACAUUUGACAGAUUGAGGUACAGUCAACUUCAGGUCAAUGGUAACCGUUUUAUAGGAAAAUCGUACUUAUUACUAUUGAGUUAAGGUGCAUGACAGUUACCACUGAUUUGUAGUCUACCGUAGGUUGAUGUGCAGUGCAAACUACUUUUAAGCAAGUAGCCCUGUAGAUAUAUGAAAUAUUCAAUGAAUUAUUUUAAGUCCACUUAUUAAAUACAGCACAAAAAUACCGAUUUAGCGACAAUUAGUGUAACAACUUAUUAACGAAAAUAUUAUCGAAAUGUAAAUAAUUAAAAUAAUUUUAAUUUUAAACGACUGCAAUUUUAGACAAAGGUAUUGUUUAUAAAUAAUUUUUCGUUACUAAAUUGAAUAGUGGUGUCGAUAAAAUCGACUAAAUCUCACGAAUAAUUGUACAGUAAUUUAAGUACUUAUAGUUAAUUUAGUUAUUUAUACUUUAUCAUUUUAACCUCAUUGUAUUUUUAUAUCGAAUGUAAAUAAAAAUAUCGAUAAUU